UGGCGGCCCCGUCCUUUCGGUCCCGGUGGCGGCAGCGCUGAGCUAGCGGCGGCCUUCCUCCGGCUCUCGGCGCCCGCGCUCCGGCUCUCCGCCCGCUCCGCUGACCCCGCGCCACCAUGACGGAACAGGCCAUCUCCUUCGCCAAGGACUUCCUGGCCGGGGGCAUCGCCGCCGCCAUCUCCAAGACGGCCGUGGCCCCCAUCGAGCGGGUCAAGCUGCUGCUGCAGGUGCAACAUGCCAGCAAGCAGAUCGCGGCCGACAAGCAGUACAAGGGCAUCGUGGACUGCAUCGUCCGCAUCCCCAAGGAGCAGGGCGUGCUGUCCUUCUGGAGGGGCAACCUGGCCAACGUCAUCCGCUACUUCCCCACGCAAGCCCUCAACUUCGCCUUCAAGGACAAGUACAAGCAGGUCUUCCUGGGCGGCGUGGACAAGCACACGCAGUUCUGGAGGUACUUCGCCGGCAACCUGGCCUCCGGGGGCGCGGCCGGGGCCACCUCCCUCUGCUUCGUCUACCCGCUGGACUUCGCCAGGACCCGCCUGGCGGCCGACGUGGGCAAGUCGGGCGCGGAGCGCGAGUUCAAGGGCCUAGGCGACUGCCUGGUGAAGAUCACCAAGUCGGACGGCCUCCGCGGCCUGUACCAGGGCUUCAACGUGUCGGUGCAGGGCAUCAUCAUCUACCGGGCGGCCUACUUCGGGGUCUACGACACGGCCAAGGGCAUGCUGCCCGACCCCAAGAACACGCACAUCGUCAUCAGCUGGAUGAUCGCGCAGACCGUCACGGCGGUGGCCGGCGUGGUCUCCUACCCCUUCGACACGGUGCGGCGGCGCAUGAUGAUGCAGUCCGGGCGUAAAACAGCGGACAUCAUGUACACGGGGACCGUGGACUGCUGGAGGAAGAUCUUCAAGGAUGAGGGCGGCAAGGCCUUCUUCAAGGGCGCCUGGUCCAACGUCCUGCGGGGCAUGGGCGGCGCCUUCGUGCUGGUGCUGUACGACGAGCUCAAGAAGGUCAUCUAGGCCGGAGCGUCGCCGGGGCCGCCCGCCGGGGACCAGAGGGUGCGAGCACCCUCCACUGGGGACCAUGGACCUUCCAGAAAUUCCCGUCUGUCCUGGCCAGGGUGUCUGUCGGGGCUGGGCGCUGAGGGACUCAUGGUGACCUGUGACCACGGACACCCCGCUCCACACGCUGGUGCCGGGCGUCCUGACCAUGUCCUGCGGGCCCUGGGCAGGCCCCCAGGCAGACCCAGAGUCCAGAGCUUGUAGGGCCCGCGUGAGUAUUUAUUUAACAGAAUCGUGUCCACUCCCCAAGCACUAGCCGCUGCGCACAGCGAGUCCGCAAUCAUGUUCCCUGUGGCACCUGCCGAGAAAUAAACAGGACACCACGGC